GCUAGACAGCAUCACCAUGUCUGUUAGAUACAGCUCAAGCAAGCAGUACUCUUCCUCCCGCAGUGGAGGAGGGGGUGGGGGAGGAGGAUCAUCCCUCAGAAUUUCCAGCAGCAAAGGCUCCCUUGGUGGAGGAUUUAGCUCAGGGGGCUUCAGCAGUGGCUCCUUCAGCCGUGGGAGCUCUGGUGGAGGCUGCCUGGUGGGUUCAUCAGGUGGCUAUGGAGGGCUAGGAGGUUUUGGUGGAGGGAGCUUUGGUGGAGGCUAUGGAAGCAGCAGCUUUGGUGGGGGCUAUGGAGGGGGCAGUUUUGGUGGGGGCUACGGAGGGGGCGGCUUCGGAGGCGGCAGCUUCGGAGGAGGCAGCUUUGGAGGAGGCUUUGGUGGUGGAUUUGGAGGAGAUGGUGGCCUUAUCUCCGGAAAUGAAAAAGUAACCAUGCAGAAUCUGAAUGACCGCCUGGCUUCCUACUUGGACAAAGUUCGGGCUCUGGAAGAGUCAAACUAUGAGCUAGAAGGCAAAAUCAAGGACUGGUAUGAAAAGCAUGCCAACAUAGGCCAGCGGGAGCCUCGUGACUACAGCAAAUACUACAAAAUCAUUGAGGAUCUUAAAAAUCAGAUCUUCGAUCUAACAACUGACAAUGCCAAUAUCCUGCUUCAGAUCGACAAUGCCAGGCUGGCAGCUGAUGACUUCAGGAUGAAAUACGAGAAUGAGGUGACCCUGCGCCAGAGUGUGGAGGCUGAUAUCAAUGGACUGCGCAGGGUGCUGGACGAGCUGACCUUGACCAAGAGUGACCUGGAGAUGCAGAUCGAGAGCCUGAACGAGGAGCUGGCCUACCUGAAGAAGAACCACGAGGAGGAAAUGAAAGACCUUCAGAACGUGUCCACUGGUGAUGUGAAUGUAGAAAUGAAUGCUGCCCCAGGUGUUGAUCUGACUGAACUUCUGAAUAACAUGAGAAGCCAGUAUGAACAACUUGCUGAACAAAACCGCAAAGACGCCGAAGCCUGGUUCAAUGAAAAGAGCAGAGAACUGACUACAGAAAUCAAUAGUAACAUUGAACAAGUGUCCAGCUACAAAUCGGAGAUUACUGAAUUGAGACGCACUGUUCAAGGUCUGGAGAUCGAGCUACAGUCCCAACUAGCCCUGAAACAAUCCCUGGAAGCCUCUUUGGCAGAGACAGAAGGUCGCUAUUGUGUGCAGCUCUCACAAAUUCAGUCCCAGAUCACUGCUCUGGAAGAGCAGCUGCAACAGAUUCGAGCUGAGACCGAGUGCCAGAAUGCCGAGUACCAACAACUCCUGGAUAUUAAGAUCCGACUGGAGAAUGAAAUUCAAACCUACCGCAGCCUGCUAGAAGGAGAGGGAGGUUCCGGCGGCGGCGGCUACGGCUACGGCGGCGGCCGCAGCGGCGGAAGUUCCGGCAGCUAUGGAGGCAGUUCCGGCGGCGGCGGCGGCGGCAGCUACGGCGGCGGAAGCUCCGGCGGCCACGGCGGCGGCUACGGCGGCGGCAGCUCCGGCGGCGGCGGCGGCUACGGCGGCGGCAGCUCCAGUGGCGGCGGCCAGAGCGGCAGUUCCGGUGGCGGCUACGGUGGCGGCAGCUCCAGCGGAGGCCACAAGUCCUCGUCUUCCGGGUCCGUUGGCGAGUCCUCAUCUAAGGGACCAAGGUCAGCAGAAACUAGCUGGGAUACUAACAAAGCCAGAGUGAUCAAGACAAUUAUUGAGGAGGUGGCACCUGAUGGUAGAGUCCUUUCGUCUGUGGUUGAAUCAGAAACCAAGAAACACUACUAUUAAGCCGCAUCAAGAGGAAAGAGUCUCCCUUCGCACAGGCCAUUAAUGCACAGAUGCAUGAAAAACAAAAUCUCCAAGAAAACACUUCUGUCUUAAUGGUCUAUGGAAAUAGGUUCACUCCUUGAAAAUAAGGUGUCUAAACGGUGUUUUGUGGUUUCUGUAUUUCUUUUCACUUUACCAGAAAGUGUUCUUUAAUGGAAAAAAAAAGAAAACUUUCUAUUCUCAUUUACUGAUAAUUUCAAUAAACUUUCUUACUGAUGCAAACUA